GGCUGAGGGAUUUUCUUGUUCUUGUUUGCGGUGUAUUAUCAGGUCUCCAGCAAAAGGUCGUUUCCCUAGAGCAAGAAAAUGUCGAACUUCGUCAUUACGCUCGAAACCAAAAUGUCCGCCCUAGAGGAAAGAAUUAACAACCUAUCAGUAGAUAACGACAAACCAAAUCAAUACUCUAGGCGUAACUGCUUGAGGGUAUCUGGUAUCGAGGAAGGCCAGGGCGAGUCCACUGACAAAAUCGUUAUUGAUCUAAUCAAAGCCAUUGGAGCUGAUGUUUCACUUGAUCAGAUAGAUCGCACCCACAGGCUUGGCAAACCUAGGACCAUGGGACCCAACCAACCGGCUAACAAACGCCCACGGGAUAUUUUUAUAAAGUUUGUAUCCUACAGGCUUCGCCAACCGGUCUACAAGUCGCGUACAAAACUGAAAAGCGCUGGAUACAAAAUGGUUUUUAUUAAUGAAGAGCUGACCAAACAACGAGCUGAACUUUUCUCCAGAACCCGUCGUUUGUUCAAGGAGGAACUUGUCGAUAGUGUGUGGACCUUCGACGGAGUCAUUUUCAUUAAAGACAAAUCUCAAAAUGUCCAUAGGAUUGAAACACCUGAUGCCUUCGAGUCUUUUAAGACAACGAAAGAACUUAAUUAAAUUACUUUGCUUUGCCGCGCAGUAAACUACGUAGUAUUGCAGUACAGAUUAUAGAUCAAUUUAUAAACAUUUCAUUGAGAUAAAAUUACAUGGUCGAGCGCUCCAAAUUUAUA